UGGAGACAGCGACAGAGGAGCAACAGAGGAGCAACAGAGAGCUGUGGGCAUCAUGUUCUCCACUAAACUGGUCGUUCUGCAGCUGCUGUGGCUCUCACUGGCCUCUGCAUCUCACUUCUUUGGAGGACUUGUGAACUACAGAUACAAAAGUCUCAGCAAUGGGGGAAUUGGGGUGGAACUCAGGAACAAGGCAACAUUCAGUUCAUGUGGGUACCAAUAUGGAAGUUGUUACGGCAACUGGUAUAACUGUGGGUACAAUGACCAGAUAGACUUGGGUGUGAUUGACAGGAGUUACAAUGGCCCCCCACGUGCAAACACGUGGUGUCAAACAGAAACAGUUGUCACUAAGGUCCUCUACAGUGAUAAACCUUUCCAAACCAGGGAAUACAGCUGCUGUUGGAUCUUAUGAGUACCCCUAUUAUACAUCUCCAUCAUGGAGUGUACUGGCAAAUAUGGAUUUGGGCAAAAGAUCAGACACUAAGAAGCCAAACAACUCCCCUGAUACUGCCAUUCUCCCUUUUCUACGGGUUCCUCAGAACUGCAGACGCACCUACAAACCCAUGGCCUUUGACCCUGAUAGAGAUGUUGUUCGAUGUCGAUAUGGAAAACAAUACACUGCAGAAUGCGCUAACUGUAAAAGACAUGGGGGAUUCCAAGUAGAUGAGGCUACAUGCACACUGCACUAUCUGGCUUCUGGAAACCAAGCCGUCUAUGAAUUUGAAUUGGUGGUGGAGGACUUUCCACGACAGACUAUUGUGCUCUCUUACUCUGAUGGAACCAAGGCUUACAAAUAUGCAAGGACUGCACGAAGAAAGAGAGCAGUAACAACUACUGCUUUCCCCACUACUACUACUGUUGCCCCCACUACUACUACUGUUGCCCCCACUACUACUACUGCUGCCCCCACUUCUACUACUGCUGCCAUGACUACGUCAAUGCCAUGGUGGUACUACUGGCGGACUACAACUACUACUACUGCUGCCCCCACUUCUACUACUGCUGCCAUGACUACGUCAAUGCCAUGGUGGUACUACUGGCGGACUACAACUACUACUACUGCUGCCCCCACUUCUACUACUGCUGCCAUGACUACGUCAAUGCCAUGGUGGUACUACUGGCGGACUACAACUACUACUGCCCCCACUACUACUACUGUUGCCCCCACUACUACUGUUGCCCCCACUUCUACUACUGCUGCCAUGACUACGUCAAUGCCAUGGUGGUACUACUGGCGGACUACAACUACUACUGCCCCCACUACUACGACUCCACCACCCACUACUACUACACUAACUACUACAUCCUCGAAUGCUGCGCUCAGUUUGCUGCCUAUGCAGUUUGUUGUUUACGUGGACCCACCUGUUCCCACUUGUGCUGAAGGAUAUUAUCUGCCGAAGUAUGUUUCCCCAACACCCAGAGACGGAGAGGUCAUUCUGGCAGAAGCUGGAAAAGAAGUAGAGAUAAAAGUCAAGGCUGAAGCUCUUUAUUCACAAGUUGACGACCUUAUAAUGACCGGGCCACUGAAUAUCACCAAGCACAAAACCACUGGAGAUGAGUUCACCAUCAGAUGGACUCCUAUUCCUGAAGACUUCGGACACUAUUUUCCAAUCUGCUUUGCUGUUGAAUUUAAAAAUGGAACUUCCGUUUACCAAACUGAGAUGAGAUGUGUGCUGGUGAACGUUACAAAAGAUCUAGUGAACACAGUGGUCACCUGUCUGGAGUCGUCCAUGAUUGUGGAGGUGGAGAAAGCCACAUUGCCUCCACUCCAUUAUCAAGAUCUGCGUCUGUCUGAUCCCAGUAACACAGCCUGCAGCCUCCAAACCCACUCCAACAGCACCCACGUGGUCGCCAGAGUGCCCCUCAACGCCUGUGGCACCCAGAUCGAGGAGGAUGACGAUAAUCUGCUUUUCAAGAAUGAGAUCACCACAGUGGACAAUAGCUCUACCCUCAUCACCAGAAAACACCUGUUGGAAAUCAAGUUCUUCUGCCAGUACUCCAAAAGAGGAAACGUGACCGCCACCUUCAGCGCUCACAGGGAGAAUGUGACAGUGUGGGACAAGGGCUUUGGGAAGUUCACCUACGGCAUUGAGUUCUUCCCAGAUCAGAGGUUUGUCUCCAGGAUCGACCCCCGGCUCUACCCUCUGGAGUAUGACGUGGGCGAUCGCAUCUUCAUGGAGAUCGAAGCCACAACUAUAGUCAACAACACAGAGCUGUUUGUGGAGUCCUGCAGAGCUGCACCCUAUGACAACCCCAACUACCCCCAUCCCUACACUCUCAUUGAGAACGGCUGCAACUUAGACUCAACACUGAUCGUCUAUCCAAGAAGUCACAAGAGACAAUUCAAAAUCAGCUUUGAGGCCUUCAAGUUCAUUGGCCUUCAUGACCAGGUCUACAUCAGCUGCUCGGUGUUGAUGUGUGAAGCUGGAAACCCACACACUCGCUGUUCUCGGGGAUGUCUGCCCAAUGCACCAAGUAGAGUCAGGAGAGAGGCCGUCAUUGAGACUGGAGUCCACUAUGUGUCCCAGGGCCCACUGCGCCUCAAGAGAUCUGUGCAGGCAGAAAACACAGGCCUGAACUUGAACCUCAACCUGGUCUUCAUCACUGGCUGUGCUCUGGCCGCUGUGGGGAUGAUCUGUGGAGUCUUCUUCUACAAAGCCAAGAAAUCAAGUGUCAAAUACCAAGCUCUGCCUUCAGACGAAAACUAGAAACACCACCUGCAGAUGCAAGAAACACAAUGCACUAUUAGAAUACGGUGAUUAAUGAAGAACUAUGGGUGAAGGUGAAGGAUUUUAAAGUAAUUUUUUCAAUUUUGCACAAUGAUAAACUAAGGCUAAAAACUAGAAAAACGCAGAAUAGGGUACAUCACAUUUACAAAUAAUUACCAGCGUUGUCUUGUAUGUCUCUAAAUAUAACAAAAGCUAAUUACAAUUGCAAUUUGAAUUAGUCUCCAAUUUGUGUUGAUAAGGGUGUACUAGUUAAACUACCAAUUUAAAGUAAACUAUGACAGCACAAGAUGAUGCAAAACUAUAGAUUUUGCACUGUUGGCAAAUGUAAUAGUCCAUAUAGUGAUAGACUGUAUAUCACGAUAACACUGUGAUUAUUUUUGCUACUGGUACUUAUUUUGAAUUACAAUUUAUGCUUUUGCUCUUUAUUACUAUUAUAUAUUGUGAUGUGCGAGCUACUGUGCCCAAAUAAUUUUCCUUGUGGAUCAAUAAAGUUUGUCUAACUCUCAGUAAAUUUAAGUCUAAGAUUCUCCCUCUGACAGAAAAAUACAUAUACUUUUUAUUAAAAGGAAAAAACACA